GUUUGUCCUCUUCUCUCUCUGUCAUUGUCUUUGCUCUUUGUCUGAGGCACCAGUUGGCUUCCAUACCUCCCCUCGCUGCCCAGAAUGACACCCGAGGACGAAAGACGGGGCUCCAAGUUCAUUGCGACGGCCGUAGUGCUAUGGGCGCUGAGCGCCAUCGCCGUCGCCUUGCGGGCGAUUGCCAUUCGUAUUCGCAAGAGCACCUGGAAGAGUCAUGACUACCUGACAGCGCUCACCUUGGCGAUGUUGACUUUCUAUUUGAUCGACGUCUUCGUCGGGAUUGUGGACGGGGGAUAUGGGUGGAACAUCACAACCGUGCCGAUGGACAAACUGACGCUAUCGCUGAAGGUAUUCUUCGCGUCGGAAUGGUUCUUCACCAUCGCGGUGGCCAGCUUCCGACUGGCGAUUCUAUGCUUCUACCUGGAGCUGUUCCGGGGCACCUGGUUCCGCUGGAGCACGAUCGUCAUCAUGGUGAUCGUGGUGCUGUACUUGAUCGCCUCGCUGCUGACCAUCACGCUGCUCUGCCGUCCGAUCCGCGCCAACUGGGAUGUGACCGUUGCCAAAACGUGCGGCAACGUCACGCAGACUGAGUACGCCUCGGCCGGGUUCAACCUGGCGGUGGAUCUGCUGAUUGUGACCCUCCCCAUGCCGAUUAUCUGGCAGCUGCAGAUGCCCAAGGAGAAGAAAGUCGGAGUCACGGUGGCGUUUCUAUUUGGGUUGGUAACCGCCGGCGUCAACAUCGCGCGCAUUAUGCAAACCAAGCUCUGCGAGGCCACCAACGUGACCUAUUGCGCCCUGGACGCCUCCAUCCUGAUCGCGGCGGAGAUCUCGUGCGGGAUUCUCGUCUCGUGCGCGCCGACGCUGGGGCCCCUCAUCGCCCGGUUCCGCGGCGCCCCCAAGUACAGCCGCGGGGAUGACCACCGAAAAGCCAGCGACCAGCGUGCGCUGCGCACGUUUGGCUCCUCGGGCCGCUCCUGGCCCCGGCGCAAAUUGCAGCUCGACACCACGUUGCUCGGCUCGGUGGAUGAGGAUUUGGGGAUGGCGAAAAACGGGGCCCACACCAUCCAGCAGACGCAGAUUGUUUCGCGGGAGGGUGAGCAGGAGGGUGGGAUGCGCGGGGAGAUUCGGGUGCAGAGUGAGCGGUGCAUCUUGGAGAGUGCAGGUGGUGAGAGAGGGGUCGGUGGGGAGUACUAG